AUGACUCAUCAAAAUGCCACGAGUCAUCUGCGUUUGGAGCCCGACUGGCCCUCCAUCCUCUUAAUUUGCGAUGAAAUCAAUCAGAAAGAUGUCACUCCCAAGAAUGCCUUUGCUGCCAUUAAGAAGAAGAUGAACUCCCCGAAUCCCCACUCGUCCUGCUAUUCCCUUCUGGUCCUCGAGAGCAUCGUCAAGAACUGCGGAGCCCCCGUUCACGAGGAGGUCUUCACCAAGGAGAACUGCGAGAUGUUCAGCAGCUUCCUGGAGUCCACGCCCCACGAGAACGUCCGCCAGAAGAUGCUCGAACUGGUCCAGACAUGGGCCAAUGCCUUCCGCUCCUCGGACAAAUACCAGGCCAUCAAGGAUACCAUGACCAUCCUGAAGGCCAAGGGGCACACCUUCCCGGAGCUGCGAGAGGCGGACGCCAUGUUCACGGCGGACACGGCGCCCAACUGGGCGGAUGGCAGGGUGUGCCAUCGCUGUCGCGUGGAGUUCACCUUCACCAACCGGAAGCACCAUUGCCGCAACUGCGGCCAGGUCUUCUGUGGCCAGUGCACCGCCAAGCAGUGUCCGCUGCCCAAGUACGGAAUCGAGAAGGAGGUGCGCGUCUGCGACGGCUGCUUCGCUGCCCUCCAGCGUCCGACGAGCGGAGGAGGAGGCGGAAAGUCCGCUUCUCGACCGGCGGACAGCGAGUUGCCGGCGGAGUAUCUGAACAGCACAUUGGCCCAGCAAGUGCAGACACCAGCCCGCAAGACCGAGGCGGAACUCAAGGAGGAGGAGGAACUGCAGCUGGCCCUGGCGCUCAGUCAAUCGGAGGCGGAGCAACAGAAGCCCAAGCAGCAGGCUCAGCCAGCUGCAGCCUAUCGCAUGCAGCAGAGGUCGCCCAGCCCGGAGGCACCGCCUCCAGAGCCCAAGGAGUACCAUCAGCAGCAGCAGCCGGAGGAGGCGAACAAUCCGGAGCUGGCGAAGUACUUGAACCGCAGCUACUGGGAGCAGCGCAAGAUCAGCGAAUCCUCCUCGAUGGCAAGUCCCUCGGCGCCGAGUCCCAUGCCACCGACUCCGCAGCCCCAGCAAAUUAUGCCCUUGCAAACGAAAAGCGCCGAUGAGUUGCAGAUCGAUGAGUUUGCCGCCAAUAUGCGCACCCAGGUGGAGAUCUUUGUGAACCGCAUGAAGUCGAACUCGAGUCGUGGUCGCAGCAUCUCCAACGAUUCCUCGGUGCAGACGCUCUUCAUGACCUUGACUUCUCUACACUCGCAGCAGUUGUCGUACAUCAAGGAGAUGGACGACAAGCGCAUGUGGUACGAGCAGCUGCAGGACAAGCUCACCCAGAUCAAGGAUUCGCGGGCGGCGCUGGAUCAACUGCGACAGGAGCAUGUGGAAAAGCUGCGAAGGAUUGCCGAGGAGCAGGAGCGUCAGCGGCAGAUGCAAAUGGCCCAGAAACUGGACAUAAUGCGCAAGAAGAAGCAGGAGUAUCUGCAGUACCAGCGGCAAUUGGCCCUGCAGCGCAUCCAGGAGCAGGAGCGCGAGAUGCAGUUGCGUCAGGAGCAGCAGAAGGCGCAGUAUUUGAUGGGUCAGGCGGCGCCACCGUUUCCCUACAUGCCGCCGUCGGCGGUGCCGCAACAUGGAUCGCCGUCGCAUCAGCUGAACAAUGUGUACAAUCCUUAUGCGGCUGGCUAUUUGCCACAGGCUCCGGCACCGGCUCCCAAUGGACAUGGCCAGUUCCAGGCCAUUCCGCCGGGCAUGUACAAUCCGUCGAUGCAACAGCCGAUGCCUCCGAAUCUCCAGCAGCCCGGCGGCUUAAUGCAGCAGCCGGCGCCGCCUGGAAAUGCCCAGAUGAUGCCGCCCAUGCCCGAAAAUCAGUUCGCCAACAAUCCAGCAAUCCUACAGCAGCCACAGGCUCCGCAGGCACAACAGCUUUCCAAUCCGCAGAUGCCAUUUCAACAGCAGCCGCCUCAGCAAAUUCCUGGUCAACAGCCACAGCAAAUUCCCGGUCAGCAGCCACAGCAAAUUCCCGGUCAGCAGCCUCAGCAAAUUCACAUGAUGCUGCAGCAGCAACCUCCAGCUCCACAGGCUGCACCUCCAGUCACCGAAAUCACCAACAACCAAGUCCAGGCGGUGGCUGCUGCACCUGCUCCGCCGCAAAACGAACCGAAAGCCGAAGAGCCAGCCACAGCGGAGCUUAUUAGCUUCGAUUAAUCCCAAGAAAUGUUAUUCCAUUUGUAUUACCCUUCAGAGUUGGGGUCCAAACAGUUCUCGUGUAUGUAAAAUGUAUGUUUUGUUUGCGGUUAUUAGUUACUAUUUUAAAUGAUUUGUGAUGCGAGAAAAUAACCGGGUUAAAUUUUAAGUUUAGACCAAAUUUAUGGAGGUAAAAAGACAGAAAAAAACCCACACGAGAUAUGUUUGAAUCGAAGCCCGCUCUUUUAUCAAGUUUUAACCAACUAAUGUUAUUCCAAAAUAAAACUUAACUUUGUAUUUUGCGAAA